AGUUCAGGUUAUAUCUUUGAUCAUCUUCUCCUGUUAUCAUUGCUUAAACCCAAAACAUGGAGAUCCCACAGUUUCUGGAGUCCCAAGAACAUGAAGCUGUUGACAAGUCUGCACAGAAGGUACCAAUUCUGCCUUCUGAUGCAAUCAAAGAAAAAGAAGCAGGGCCUCCUCACGAGGCUUUGUUCCUUAUCUUAACUUACCUUCCUCUAUUUGAGCUUCUUGCCAUGAACCAAGUUUGCACUACACUGAGAGAUGCAGUAAACAAGGAUGUGAUCUCAUGGCUGAACAUCAUGGUUGAAAAACCGUUGAGCUUGAAAUUGUCCGAUGCGAUCUUGAUGAAACUUACAUCCAAGGCUAAUGGAAGGUUGAGAAGUUUGGCUCUAAUGAAAUGUGCAAAGAUUACAGAUAACGGGCUUCAACAGGUUGUGGAGCAGAAUCCUCUGAUCAGCAAGCUCUAUCUGCCAGCCUGCACUGGCUUAACACCAGAAGGAGUUAUACAAGCUGUGAAGACAUUAUCUGAGCAUGGUCACUGCUUAAAGUCCAUAAUGAUAAAUGGCAUCUACAACAUAAACAAACAGCACCUUGAAACACUCAGGUCUUAUCUUGAUGAAAUGAAUCUCGACACAAAAAAGGAGCAGCCGGGAUCAUGCCCUCUCUUAUUUCUUGAGUACAUGGACUCGCCAACACUCAGACAUGACAAGGGUCACACCACAAUCGACCUUGAAGUUUGCCCAAAAUGUGAUGAGGUGAGGAUGGUUUUCGAUUGUCCAAGGUGGGCAUGCAAGAGAAUGUUAGAAAGGUCAGUGACUGAAUGUAGGGGAUGCAAGUUUUGCAUUCUAAGGUGUCUGGAGUGUGGUGGCUGCGUCGAUUCUCAAGAAAUUGAAGAGGCUGUUUGUGGUGAUAUCUUGUGUUCAGAUUGCUGGCUUCACCUUCCCAAAUGUAACUUCUGCAACAAGCCAUACUGUAAGCAACACUCUGAUAACAAGUGCUCCACUUCAGGAUCUACAGGUUUCGUCUGUGAGGUUUGUUAUGCAAAGUACAUUGUAAACUUGCCAAAGUAUUGUUGACUAUGUUGAUUUCUGAGUAUAUAUGUAGCUGUAAACACUUCUGCUAUCUUAAUUCUUAAGGGGACAAUGUUUUCAUC